UUGCUGCAACAACCAAGCUGAGCAUCAUCUAUCACUCCUGCAACCCCUUAGCUUGUGAGGCAACCCAACAACCAAUUAAGGCCGAUCGGUCGACAUGGCUGAGUACUACGGCGGCAGGACCAUGUACUCCAAGACCGACGACUGCUACGACGCCGGCAGGCACGGCAGCCGGAGGGUGUACUCCCACACCGACGAUUGCUACGACGACGUGGACCGCAGGAGGCCGGGGGCCUACGCCGACGACUGCUACAACGGCGCCGGCUACGGCGGCGCCAGGCAGGCCGCCGUCUACUCCGACGAGUACUCCCGCGGCGGCUACGGCUACGGCGGCUACGGCGGCGAGCAGGAGCACUUGAAGAGGGAGGAGAGGGAGCACAAGCACAAGGAGCGCAUCGGCGAGAUAGGCGCCCUCGCCGGCGGCGCCUUCGCACUGUACGAGGGGCACCGUGCGAAGAAGGACCCGGAGCACGCGCAGAGGCACAAGAUCGAGGCGGGCGUGGCGACGGCGGCGGCGCUGGGUGCCGGCGGCUACGCGUACCACGAGCACCGCGAUCAGAAGGAGGCCCACUACGAGGGCAAGGAGCACAGCAGGGUGCCGCACAGCUACUACUGCAACUAACUGAUCAGCGAUCGAUCGAGAUGACGAGCGCGCGUGCAAGUAGUAAAUAAGAGCAGAUGUUGUGUGUUGCUCACUACAUAUUGAUGAUACUGGAGUACUACUGUUACUAGUAGAUUGCAAUAAUGAUGUAAAUCACUCUGCAUGCUUCGGCAGGCAGGUACCAUCACUCUUAAUGCAU